AAGAAGCAGACAUGGGGCGAGUACGGCUCCCAGGUCUACAACGAGCAGUACGAGAGGUGGAUGCCGUGGAUCGAAGACUUUUACCUGCGCUGGUUCACCAAGGAUAACAAGGCCAGCUACACCACCAAGGACACCCUCGACAAGUCCAAGGUCACGGGCAUCGAGCAGGUCGACACUCUCCAGGACGGCGUGCACAACCUUGUCGCUGGCCAGGUCGGACAGGGCGGACUCUUCCAGCCCGUGGGCGACGCCGCCUCCAAGGAAGGCAUCAACCGCGCCGAGCGCCAGGGCAAGGAUGACUCCGGCAGCUACGCCCCCGGCGCGGCCAAC